UACUUACAUUGCUAUGUGUUGUUGCUGUUCAAUAAUAUCCAUGUAACAAAGCUUAAUAUGAUUUCGCAUAUCUUUUUUUCUAAUUGAUUGGAUUUGCAGAUUAUGAUAGAUGUGCUAAAUUUCCUUUCGUAUAUAUGCCUAAUCAGCCUAAGCAUUUAGUUAUCCGGCCUGUUCGGUAGUGCUUGCUGCAGCAGCUAGCUAGCAGCAACUAUAGCAGCUGCAGCAAGCUAACAAGAAGUCAAGCAUCUGCAGCUGGGCUUGCAGCACUUUGCAGCCGAGCGGCUUGCUGUGCAGCUGCAGCACAAUCGACCCCAAUAAAUUGGUUUAGCCUCAGCCAGGAACCGAACUGAAGCACACUUCGAAAUUAACCUCACAUUCUGGCUCGACUAUCAUCAUUUUCUGUCAAGCGUACAUCACAAGGUGAAACAGACAAUUAUUUAUAAUGGUUUAGUAAAUUUUAAAGGAGAAGCAUAAUUUCUUGAAAAUGGAAUUAGCAUCAAACUGAUGGUAAAAUCGAGGCAUGUGCACUCUACUAUUGGUGUUGAGGUUGCCAAUUAAGCUGUGUUUUUAAAUGUCUCAGUGAUUGCGCCUCAUAGCUUGAGUUUGCUUUAUAGUAUGUAAGUUUGGCAGUUCUUAAACUGAAAUAAGAAAUAAUAUUUACUGGAGUGUUCUACAUGCAAUAGGAAUAUAGGAUUCGGCAUUACCUGAAUCAUUGUUAAGCAAAAUGGGGCCACCAUAUGCUUUAUUAUCGGCUUGCCUCUGUAAGUUUUGAAUUAUAAUAAUUAAUAAAGUCGGGCAUAAGAUCUGCUCAUCUGGUAACCGUUGAUCAUUGAUGAGAGCGUUUCUGGCAAUUUAAUUCUGGCUCUGUUCAUUAAUCAUUGCAACCAGUAUAACUAUUGUUGAUGAAAAUUCAAUGUUGUUCAUUCAUUCCAAACCAAUGACUAAUUUUGUCAAAUGCAACUGCAAAUCAUUUUCAUAAGUGUCAUUAGAUGAGAACCAUAUUAUCCUUGGUACAGGCCUCAUUGUAUUGUUGUUUGAGAUAUUUCCCUUCAACUUUGAUCAAGUUGACAGUGGUCCAGCCGUUCAACCCUUCGAAUAUGUGAAAAACCCUUGAACUUCGUACCUGAUUGUUGCAAAAACAAAUCAUUAGCACAUUAUCCUUGGUACAUGCUUCAUUGUAUUGUUGUUUGAGAUAAUUUCCUUCAACCUUGAUCAAGCUGAAGAUUCAACCCUUUAAAUUAAUGAAUUAACCCUUGACGUUCAAACCUGAGUGUCACUUGUCUUUAAUAAGAAAUCAUUAGCACAAGAGAAUUUCAUUAAACAAAAUACUGUGACUGGUGUUCAAUACUCAAUACUGCUAUUACGAAACAUACAAAUUUGCAAAACUGUGUUCUUGACAAAUCACAAAUGGCGAACUUAUUGGUACGGAUAACUGUUACUUUUAAAUAGUUUGUACCUAAUAGGCUCAGAAUUCAUGCUAUUCUGAGGCUCUAACCUCCGUCUCACAUUCUAUCGAGUGUCGUAUCUUAGUUUGUGGAACUGCUUUUAGAUAUUUUAAUUCUUUGCUAGAUCCCUUUUUUUUCUCUAAACAAGGUUUAGACAGAGAUACCAUAUGUUUUUGAAAUAACAGAACAUUGAAUGGAUAUCAGAUGAACAUAAUCUGUCUUAACUUUAAUCUGAUCCAUCAACAAACUGUAGAUUCUAUUAGAUUCGCUUUUCCACAUCAAUUUAAAAGUAAGCACUGUAUGGAUAACUGCAACCUAUGUGGGUGUGCAACCUGCAUCCUUUUCUGGUUUAAGAUGUCUAUUUAUUUUGCUUAUGGGAGAUUGGUGAUCUUGCCCCUACUGUGAAGUCUAAUUGUGAUUUUACCCUCACUUUUUGAACUUUGUGAUUUUGCCCCUCCUUUUUGAGAAUGAAGGCUCCAUUUGCCCCUGUUUUUAACACCGUUAGUUGAGAACCCUUUAAAGAAAUUAAAGAAAUGAUAAAAAUUCUGAAACCAAAGAGAAAAGACCUAACUACCCCUAACCUUAUCCCUCUCACACUCAUUUCCUCUCCAACCUGUGACCGGAGGGGGCGGGCGGCGGCGGCAAGCGGCUGGCACUCCCGGUGCGCGCAGGUGGGAGGCACUCAUGGCGUAGGCGCGAGAUGACCCCACAUCGGCGCGAGGUGGUGGCCCAACGAGGCUUCGUCGCGGCCCUCGCGCUCGCCGCGUCGGCCAUGGAGGCAGCCUAGCUCGUCGUGGUCCGCGGCGCAGCGAUGCCCUCCAACCACGACUUUCCCGGUCGCAACGACUCCUUCCUCCGGCAUGCUUGGGCAUGCUCCGGAGCGCCCGGGGUCUGGCCAGGAAUGUGCACAGCUCCAGUGCGCUAUCGGCGGCCACCUGUGUGCAGCCUUGUACUUGUUGGACAACCCGUGUCUCGGCUUCCUCGAGGCCGAGCGCGUUGUCUCCCAUCACAUCCUCGAGGGCGCGCUGGCAUCGGCGGUGGAGAGCAAGAGGCUGGUCAUCACUGCUCGUCAGUAAAGAUGUGUCAACAGAGAGCUCUUUAUCAGUUCUUUAUAUGGAGCUUCACCAUGAAAUCACCCUGUUGCAAGCAUGAAAUUGUCAUACAAACAGACCCAAAGAAUACUGAAUAUGUCAUAAUCAGUGGGGCCCAGAAGAAGACUGAAGAUUUUGAUGUUGAGGAUGCAGAGACAUUGCUGCUGCCUGCAGAUGAAGAUCGAGACAAGCUAGCGGAUCCUAUGUAUUGGCUUGAACACCAGGAAGAGGAUCUUCGGAAGAAGAAAGAAGCUGAGCCAGUUUUGGUUCGCCUUCAACGACUCUCUGACAGCCGUCACUCUGAUGAUUAUGCGCUGAACAGAGCACUUCGUGAUCGUCUUAGGAGCCAAAAAAAGAGGGUCACAGAAGAGAAGAAGUCGGCAAGAAAGAUGGGCAUCGGAGUGAGGCUCUUGCCUCCCUCAGCAGAAGAUGCUGCCACCGCAGCUUCAGUGAAGUUUGCAUCAAAAUUUGAGAAGAGCAGAAAGGACAAGAGAGCAGCAAUCAAAGCUGCCUCCAUCUUCCCGGAGUCAUCAAGCUCAGCCUCAAAGGGCAAAUUGGACCUGGCGUUGAAGAGGAGGAAUAUAAAAGCUGGUGCAGCCACUGCCCUGAUGGCAGGCAGGGUGAAGCCGUCCUCGUGGCAGAAUUCCGUGAGCUCAAGGACUCAGAUGCCGUUUCUGGCAGCACGAAAGUAGGCAGCUCACGCUUUGCAAAUUAAAGCUUGUGCAAUAUUAGUUUUGCUGUAAAAGCUGUGCGCCAAGUUUUUGCCUUUUUUAUGUGAUGAAUGAACGUGUUUUAAGUAAUGUUGCUAUGGUUUUGGCUGUAUCUGGUAGUGCUGUUCGGCUUUGUAGCAGUGUGCUUUAGAACUGGAUUUGCCUUUUUAUAUAUGAUUGUCGCCCUGUACAUUGCUGACUAUCAGUAUUACUUGCUGCAUGAAUAAUUGGAAGCCUCGGCUGCUUUGUGGUAA